AUGCUAAUUGAUUCAGGUAGCCAGGGCUCAUUUAUUCGAGAGCACUGUGUAAAUUUACUGCAGCUAAAGCGCACUAGUGCAAACGUAAGUGUAAAUGGCCUGAGCUCGCAAAAAAUUGGAAAGGUUUCAGGUUCAGUUCAAUUACAAGUAACAUCUCCAUUUUAUAAAAACGCAAGCAUUUCAGUUAAUGCAUUAAUUAUACCCAAGAUCACGUGUGACCUUCCUCAAUAUCAAGUUGAUAGAUCUGUUUUGACAUCUUUCAAACAUUUGUGGUUGGCAGAUACAAAUUGUUUCCAGCCUGGCCCAAUAGAUAUUCUUUUGGGCGCAGAUGUAUUUGGCGAGAUAAUGCUUCAUGGACGUUUAACUGUUCCGGAUCAUUCGUUAACAGCCUUGGAAUCAAUAUUCGGCUGGGUCAUUAUCGGAAAGACUAAAAGUGUAUCACAGACAAUUGUAUCGAAUCAUGCUAGUUGUACCAAUGUUCAGCUCCAGCUUGAAAAAUUUUGGAAAUUGGAAGAAAUUUCGGAGAUAAAGCAUUACACAGAAGAGGAAAUUGAAUGUGAAAAUCAUUUCAAGCGGAAUUUUUCUCGUGAUUCAACAGGUAGAUUUGUUGUUAAGUUUCCAUUUCGUAGAUCGGGAAAUGAACUUGGGUCAUCAAGGGAUGUUGCUGUACAUCGUUUACAAAGCAUUGAACGUCAAUUUAUUAAGAAUAAAUCUCUUUCCAGUCAAUAUCACAAAUUUAUGGAGGACUAUCAACAACUUGGUCAUAUGGAAUUGAUUCCAGAAAAUGAAAUUGAUGUUCCAGCUAAUUCUAGUUUUUACCUUCCGCACCAUUCAGUUCCGGAUAAAAAUGGUGAUAAAUUUCGAGUCGUAUUUGAUGGUUCUGCAAAAUCUUCUAGCGGUAUUUCUCUUAAUGAGAAAUUGAUGGUUGGUCCACAGUUGCAGACUGAUCUGACAACAUUAAUUAUUCGUUUCAGAAUUCACAGAAUAGCUAUAACUGCAGAUAUAGAGAAAAUGUACAGACAAAUUAUACUAAAAGAUGCAGACUUUCAGAGAAUAGUCUGGCGCGAUUCACUUUAUAAACCAAUUCAGGAUUUUCGAUUAACUAGGAUUGCUUACGGUACUGCAUCAGCUUCGUACCUUGCGGUAAGAUGUUUACAGCAGUUAGCCAUAGAUGAAGCAACUAAUUUUCCUUUGGCUUCCAAGACAUGUCUUAGGGACUUCUACGUUGAUGAUUUGAUGUCCGGAGCCAAUUCAGUUACUGAAGCUAUAGAAUUACAAAUGCAAUUGAAUCAGAUGUUGUCACACAAUGAUGAUACUGUAAAAACGUUAGGUAUCCUGUGGCAUCCAGCUUCAGAUAUGUUUUUAUUCAAAGUCAAUUCAUCAUAUCCUGAAGUCUUAACCAAACGAACAUUACUUUCAAUAAUCGCAAAGACCUUUGACCCUCUUGGAUGGUUGGCACCGAUCACGGUUCGGUAUAAAUUGAUUAUGCAAAGAUUGUGGAAACAUCAGUUUCAGUGGGAUGAAAAGGUUCCUCCAGAUAUUGAAUGUGAGUGGAAACAACUUACAGAAGAUUUGUUAUUCAUUAAAAGUAUCAAAAUUUCACGAUUCUUGUUGGUUGAAUCAGAUAACCAGUUUCAACUGCACGGGUUUUGUGACGCCUCAGAGAAGGCCUACGCCGCUGCAAUUUAUUAUCGUUCUGUGUUAGAUACUGGACAAAUUAAUGUUCAGUUAGUGAUAGCCAAAACAAGAGUUGCACCACUAAAAACCAUAUCACUUCCCCGAUUGGAACUUUGUGGAGCAUUACUGUUGACUAAAUUAAUGGAUUUCACCUGUAGGGCUUUAAAUACUCCUAUAUCGCAAGUUUAUUUUCAUACUGAUUCCACUAUUGUAUUAGCCUGGAUAAGAUCUCAUGCAAGCCGAUGGAAGACCUUCGUCGCCAACAGAGUAGCAAAAAUCCAGACUUUAUCCUCUCCUGUCCAGUGGCAUCAUGUGAGUGGAAAUGCUAAUCCUGCUGAUCUUGCAACCCGUGGUGUGUCAUCAUCUGCACUGGUUACUUCAUUGUGGUUACGUGGUCCAGAUUUAUUGUAUAAUUUAUUUCCUUUUCAGCAAGCAUUAUCUGCACCACUACUGAAUGAUUCUGUGCCAGAGCAAAGAUGUGCUUUACAGUCAACAACUGCUGCCAGUCACUUGACAGACGCUCAUGAUUUAUUUUAUAAAUAUUCCUCUCUCACUAAACUUAAACGUGUUGUAGCAUUAUGUCUGAGGUUUGUAAAUAACUGUAAAAAUUCAGAAGAUCAGGCAGAAAAUCAAUCAUUAUCUGGUACAAGCAAAAUUUUAUCUUUGAAUCCAUUUUUAGAUAAUUUAGGUAUUCUCAGGGUGGGCGGUCGCUUGCGACAUGCAAACCUUGCAUAUGGUUUUAGGCAUCCAAUUUUGCUUCCAAAGAAGCACAUUUUAACUCAUCUCAUUGUUAGACAUUACCAUGAAAGACUUUUUUGCAUGCAGGUCCACAACUUAUGCAAUCUUGCAUUCAAGAACAAUAUUGGAUCAUAA